UGCACCUGAGUGCACCUUGGUCUCCAUGAUGAUUGGAGGGGGCAAGAGAAGUCUGGAAGCCCCACCCCUCCCAGAGCCAGCCCAGGAUCCUUGUCUUUCUCUCCAUUUUGGCAGGCCGUGAGACGUCAAUCUCUUUCGACCGGAGCGGGUUCCCUUCGCUUCUAUCUUGAGACGAGGCCAAAACGGGCAGACCCUGGGUUGCCAUGAGCUUAACCAUCACCAGCUGUGAGCACCCCGACCCUCUGAGAGGUGACGAUGUGCUCAACUGUGACAACGAAGGCCAAGGCAGGAAGAAGGAUGGGCAGUCCAGGAGCCCUAGCAGCAGCCAGCUGAUCUAUAGCAUCCUGGAUAUCCCACCAUGGUAUCUCUGCAUCCUCAUGGGGAUCCAGCACUUCCUCACGGCUCUGGGGGGCCUCGUAGCCAUACCACUCAUCUUGGCCAAGGACCUGUGUCUGCAGCAUGACCCACUGACUCAGAGCUACCUCAUCAGCACGAUUUUCUUCGUCUCUGGCAUCUGCACUCUCCUGCAAGUGUUUUUUGGAGUCAGGCUGCCCAUUCUCCAGGGAGGGACAUUUGCUUUUGUGGCACCCUCCCUGUCCAUGCUGUCCCUUCCUGCUUGGAAGUGCCCUGAAUGGACAUUCAAUGCCAGUCUGGUGAACACCAGCUCUCCCGAGUUCACUGAAGAAUGGCAGAAGAGGAUCCGAGAGCUGCAGGGCGCCAUCAUGGUCGCUUCCUGUGUCCAGAUGCUGGUGGGAUUCUCUGGCCUCAUUGGGUUUCUCAUGCGCUUCAUCGGCCCCCUGACCAUCACUCCGACCAUCACCUUGGUGGCCCUGCCUCUCUUUGAUUCCGCGGGCGACAGUGCUGGGGUCCACUGGGGGGUCGCUGCCACGACCAUCUUCCUCAUCGUGCUGUUUUCUCAGUACCUAAAAAACGUCGGCAUACCUGUGCCCGUUUAUGGAGGGAAGAAGUGUCAUACGUCUAAAUUCCACCUGUUUCAGGUCUUCCCGGUGCUGCUGGCGCUCUGCCUCUCGUGGCUUCUCUGCUUUGUGCUCACAAUCACCAAUGCCCUUCCCACUGCCCCCACGGCCUAUGGGCAUCUGAGCCGCACCGACACCAAAGGCAAUGUCCUGAGCCAGGCUCCCUGGUUUCGCUUCCCUUACCCAGGACAGUGGGGCGUCCCCACCAUCAGCCUGGCUGGGGUCUUUGGGAUCAUCGCAGGGGUGAUCUCCUCCAUGGUGGAGUCAGUAGGCGACUACUACGCCUGUGCCCGGCUGGUGGGGGCCCCCCCCCCUCCGAGGCAUGCUGUCAACCGUGGCAUUGGCAUCGAGGGCCUUGGCUGUCUGCUGGCAGGGGCCUGGGGUACCGGGAAUGGCACCACCUCCUACAGCGAGAACAUCGGGGCGCUGGGCAUCACCAGGGUGGGGAGCAGGAUGGUGAUGGUCGCUGCUGGCUGCUUGCUGCUCCUGAUGGGCGUAUUUGGGAAGAUUGGAGCUGCCUUUGCCACCAUCCCCACGCCUGUGAUCGGAGGCAUGUUCCUGGUGAUGUUUGGGGUCAUCACUGCUGUGGGGAUUUCCAACCUGCAGUACGUGGACAUGAACUCAUCCAGGAACCUCUUUAUCUUUGGCUUCUCCAUCUACUGUGGGCUUGCCAUUCCCAACUGGGUGAACAAGAACCCUGAGAGGCUCCAGACAGGGAUUCUCCAACUGGACCAGGUCAUCCAGGUGCUGCUGACCACAGGCAUGUUUGUUGGUGGAUUUCUGGGCUUUUUCCUGGACAACACCAUCCCUGGAAGCCCGGAGGAGAGAGGCCUGCGGGCGUGGCACCAGGUCCAGGAGCCCCAGGAGACCGCGGCGACCCUGCAGGUGUACGGCCUCCCCUGCCUGCCCUGCGGCCCGGCCGCCCGCCCCCGCCUCCGGCACCUCCCGUUCUGGCCGCGGCUGGAGGCUGGGGAAGCGCCGCCGGCGGGGAGCCAGCUGGCCGGCCUGUGCCCCGAUCCCCGCGGAGACACCCCGGAGGCUGCCGGGGCCACCAGGCUGUGAGGAGCGCGGCGCCCUUGCCCCCCGGUCCGCGCACGCGGCCGCCGGCGGGCUCCCGUCCCUCCAGCAAAACCCAGUCCCAGCGUCUCAGCGCCGAGGCGGGAGCCGCGGUGGGCGCCCAAGCCCCGCAGAGCCCACGGCUGGGUGGUCCUGGGGCGCCGGGAGCAGGAGGAGGCCUGCGGGGCGGGGGCCUUGGCCGCAGGAGCAGCUCCCCUCCGCCCCCGUCCCGCUGGCUCGGCCAGGAGGUGAGGAGCUCGCCCCCGUUGCCCCCGCACCCUCUCUCAGCUCCUGCUGCUCCAGCCCCGCAUCCUGGCUCGGGCGCCCUAAUGGACCCUUCCCGCGUCGCCCCCUGCUGGACCUUCCCGGAUCGCCCCCUGCUGGACCCUUCCCGCGUCGCCCCCUGCUGGACCUUCCCGCGUCGCCCCCUGCUGGACCUUCCCGCGUCGCCCCCUGCUGGACCUUCCCGCGUCGCCCCCUGCUGGACCUUCCCGGAUCGCCCCCUGCUGGACCUUCCCGCGUCGCCCCCUGCUGGACCUUCCCGCGUCGCCCCCUGCUGGACCUUCCCGCGUCGCCCCCUGCUGGACCCUUCCCGCGUCGCCCCCUGCUGGACCUUCCCGGAUCGCCCCCUGCUGGACCUUCCUGCGUCGUGCUCGGAUGGACCUUCCCGCGUCGCGGUCGCAUGGACUGUUCCUGAAUUGCACUUUCUCAGAAGCGGGUGCGCCGGCUCUGCCGUAGGCUCUGGCUUGCUCAGGUCGGCUCCCCGGAGGGUCAGAACUCCCUCAACCUACUGGCCUCCUUGGGCCCUUAUUUUAACCGGCCCCCCACCUGCAGCAUUAACGCCCGCCUGAGGGUCCAGCUGGCUGGGGCGCAGGCUUCAGGGUUGCAGCCUCGGUGAUGAAUGCCUACACCCCCGCCCCCUUGUACCCAUCCUGGGGGGUCUGUUGUGCUGACAGGUGCAGUUCUGGCCGAUACGGGAGGAUGUCGUCAGUCAGGUCGCAGGAGGACCAGCAGAGGCCCAGGUGGGGGGGGGGGGACAGCCAGCAGCUCGGGGGACUUUAAUACAUCCACCCAGUGAGCCCUGCGGGGUGGGCCGCAGGGGCUGUCAGGGGGGCGGAGUGCAGGUGGGGACACUCCUAGCACGUGGCUGUGGGCGAGAGGACACGGCGUUGGUUCCACGGAGGCCACUCUGACCAGGCCCCCCUGCGCCCACGCUCCAGGACUACCUGGGCCUGGGUGCGGCCAGAGCCAGGUUCCUCGAGGGCCUGCUACGCGCGGGCACGUCUGUAAAGUCUGACUCGUGCUUUCCCACACGCUGGCUUGUUUCUGACUGUGGCCUGGCCGGGGCUGGUGGUGAGCACCGGGCGUCUGGGCGUUGAGGCCACCAGGGCGCCUCUUUCCCUUCCUUCCUUCCCAGCACAGGUGUGGGCACCCCCGAGGAGAAAGCCCUUCCGCCCUACGCCCACCCCACCCCCCACCCCGGUUUGGUUGUUUAUAAACAGUCAAGCUGUGGCUACAGUCCUUGCCUAGCAGCCCUGGGGGGUCCCUGGGGUGGGCCUGUGCGGGGUGCAGGCACAGGGUGGGCGCUGGGGCCGAGAGCAGGUGGGUGCCUGCGCCUGGGUCCUAACACUUAGCCUGCCUCGGCUUCUUCCGGGGAGGCCUUCGGGGAGGCGGUGGCCGUCAUUGUGAUGAGGGACUGGAAGGCCAGGGAGCCCGGCCUCCGCACACUCGUGGGUGUGUCAGAGUCCCCUAGAGAAACAGAGCCCCUAGGAUGCAGGACGUGCGUGUGCGCAUGUGCAUGUCCACAUGACAGACGCACCUGCACACUACAUACAUGUGCGGACACACACACAAGAUUUUAAGGAACGGGCGCGUGUGAUUGUAGAAGCUGCAAUGUCUGAACUCUGCAGGGUCAGCUGACAGACCGGGCAGGUGAAGGUGGUCACAGGUGACCUCGCGGGAGGUCAGUUUUCUGUUCUAUUCAGUCCUUCACCUGGUCGGAUGAAGCUGGCCCCUAUUCUGGAGGGUAAUUCCUCCAUAUUUACUCAACGUCUACUGGUUUAAAUGUUCAUCUCAUCUAAAGAUACCUUUAAAGAAGCAUGGAGAAUAGUGUUUGACCAAAUAAAUACCUGGGUCAAGUGGACACAUAGCAUCUACUGUCACACCCUGUGUGCCUGCCUAGGAACCUCGCCAGAAAGCACUCAGAGCACCAUGCAGCCUGGCUUGAGCUCCAUGUAGGGGCCUUAAUCAGCAGUGGAAGCAGAUGAAGCUGGUUCUACCCUGACGUCCUGUGGCUCCGAGGUGGGCAGCACCAUUCCUGGGCUCCCAGAGCCUGCAGGUUCAGUGCGUGGCCUCCAGAACUCUCCAGAGCCCUCCAGAACUAUGCCCUGAGCCCAAAGUGUGCUGCAAGUACCUAAUGUCAUGGUGCCUCUGGGACAGCUCCUGCCUGUCCUUUCUGGAAAGGCCCGUGGCCAGGGCUUCAGCCAGGCUGCAUCCAGGGACCCCCUGAAUAGGAGCAGAGGAGGAGCGGUGUGUGCCUUGCAGCAGCCAGGCUAACUACUUGCACCAGACAACCCUGAAACAUGCACGCAGGGCCACACUGCUUUCAAAGACUUUAUAAUAAUCAGAAACUGGAACCUUCCAAAUGCUCUGGGACAGCCACUCUCAAACGUCCGGGGAGGCGGCAGCAGGAACAGCCUCGGCUGCCGGCAUGAAUGCCCACCUCGUUGUUCAUGCCCUCCCCUCCCAGCCCUGCCGUAUCACAGAUCUUCAUCGUCAAAGGUCUCCAUGCACCUCAGCAUUAUCAUCUCAUCGUCAAUGGGGAGGUCUGGUUCCUGCAAAACACAGGGGGGAAGAGUGUCGAUGCCGGGCCCCAGGCAGAUGGAAGGAAGGCCCCAGCAUCUCCCUCAGGGUCUACCCCCAUCUCUUGCUACACCUUCUCCAGCUCCCAGCCAGGAAGUAAGGGCUAUGGGGGGGGGUCCCACUUCCAUCUCACUCAACUCCACACUCCAUGAUCUUCAGAAAGGGUUUUCCUGCACACAACAGAACUGGUUUUUGGGGUGUUUCCAGGAUCCCAUAAGAGAGUGAGGAGGCCUCUCAAAGCUUUAUCCAAAUGCCCAUCCAUGGAGGACAGUGAAUUACACCACCAUGCACCCACCCAGUGGUUACCAUGCAGCUGUUGGAAAUAAAAGGAAUAAAAGGUCGUCCUCUGUGGGACAUACUAUUUAAAAAGAAAAGAGGGGGAGCCUGGGUGGUUCAGUCUGGUUGGCAUCCAGCUCGUAGUUUCCACUCAGGUCAUGAUCUCAGCAUCUGGAGAUGGAGCCUGCGUUCAGUGGGGAGUCUACUUGAGAUUCUCUUUGUCCCUCCCCUCCUCCCACUCAUGUGCUCUCUCUUUCUAGCUCUCUCAAAUUAAAAUAUAUAUAUAUAUUACAACACAAUGGAUAGCAUAGUUCCUCACUUGUGUUUGAAAGAAUAUAUAAAUAUAUGUAGGAUAUCUCUAGAGAGCGGCAUUUUAUUUAUUUAUUCAUGAGAGACAUAGAGACAGAGAGAGAGAGAGAGGCAGAGACACAGGCAGAGGGAGAGUCAGGCUCCGUGCAGGGAGCCCGACGUGGGACUUGAUCCCGGGACUCCAGAAUCACACCCUGGGCCGAAGGCUCAGGUGCUAAACCACUGAGCCACCCAGGGAUCCCCAACUGCUUACUUUUUUUUUUUUUUAAAGAAACAGCUGUAUCUUUGCUGAAUUAGUGGGGAAAAUCCUUGGCUAUGAAUCUGAAAGGGCCUGUCCCCUUGGUGGCUCAGGCAUAACUUCCCUUUCCUCCAGAAGUUUCUGGAAUGUACCUUCUAAUCAAGACACAGUCAGCUCUUGGGAAGCAGAAAUGACUCCCUUCAAACGCCGACAGCAAACAUUAGCCCAGAGUCUCAGAAGACAACAGAACGGCUGGGCCUCUUGGAAAGGGGCCGAGCGGUCACACAACAUUGACAGAUGCAGGCCAAGGGUCAGGCCCCUGGGACCUGCUGGCCACUCGGGGGGCUCCUCAUCUCAGGCUGCCCUCCAUUUCCCUGGAUGUCUUCCAACCCCCAGAGUGUAUCAGGCUGAUGCCCACUGGCCUCAGAGCAGGCCAAGAGAAUGAGGCGCUGGGGCCUCCAGUGGGGGGGUUCAACACUCCUUCCUGCCAGCCUAAGGGAGGCGAGCCGAGGUCUCCUCCACUCUGCUCUGUCCUACCUGUUUUAACUGAGUGUUAACACAGCAAAGGCCUUUAAAAAACUCGAUGAUCUGCAUGUAGAGCUGAAACUUCUCCUCCGGAUAUUCUGGGUUGCAGUUGGCAAACACCGAGCUGACAACAGAAAGGAGAAGAAACAGUAUUUAGAUUCCUCAUCUGUGGCCUCUGCUGGCACCUGCUAAGAUACCUGGAUCACGGUGUGAAUCAAGCACCAGUAAGCACCCAGGUGAAUUCCGGGAGGCCUGUGUUGCUCCGCCGUCAUGUGUGGAGCCCACGGGAAAAGUGUGGUCACCCUCGGGAGACUGGCUUCCGUGCCCUAAUUUAGCAUUCUGAGCGGUGGCCUCUGGAAGAAGGAGCACAGGUGCCUCUCUCCCUCGGGGCCACCCUCGUAUAGCUGCAUCUGGUCCCCCACAGCUGCCCAGGAGCUUGGGGGGCACAGGCCACACCUGAGGUCGGGCUCUGGGAUGCCUUCCCUCUGCAGGAGGGGAGCACGGAGCACAAGGUGUCCUGAAGGGAGGCAGCCUGUUUUGCAAACUCCUUCCCAUUGCCUUCCUGGGAUGGGGGCGGCGGUGGGGGGUGCAGCCCAACGACUUCAGAAGCCUUGAGAGGUGGGAUGCCUGGGGGGCUCAGUGGUGAAGCGUCUGCCUUCAGCUCAGGGCAUGACCCCGGGGUCCUGAGAUCAAGUCCCACAUCGGGCUCCCUGCACGGAGCCUGCUUCUCCCUCUGCCUGAGUCUCUGCCUCUCUCUCUCUUUGUGUCUCUCAUGAAUAAAUAAAAUAUUUAAAAUAAGAGCCUCAAGAGGUGCUGGGUCAGCCUAUGUGUUGACCUCACACCCUCUCAGGGCGAGACCCCACUAGUUGUGAAGGAACCCUCUGGAAGUGAUCCCUGCCUUUUCCAAGGAUAGCAGAAAACAUUUUUUAAUAGACUGUUUUCCGGUUCUCCCAGUAGAGUAAAGAGUUCCAGAUACUGCUUGGCAAGAACAUUCUGGCACAAACUGGUCCUCACAGCCUGAGCCUGGCUCAGAAAUAGGAAAAGUCUGCCUCCAGCCUGUUUCAGCAAAACCAAACUCCAUGCACAGCUGAGAAGAGCUUGUGUCACCCCUAAAAAGCACUUUGGCGAAUUUGGACAAGUGUGUGGAGGCCGGUGAGCAGGGACGGGCUGGCCGCGCCGCCUGGGGAGGGAGGGAGGGAGGAUACUCGCUGGCACACGAGGCAGCAGUCGCCUCCCACCCGAAGCAGGAAAACGGAAUGUUCCGGGCUUCUUUUUAGCCUUUGGAAGGGCCUGGGCCCUGUUAAGACCACAGCUUUUCAAACUUAGCAUGAAAUCUCGAUGCUAAGCUAGCUCUCUUUGCGAAGGUGCCCCCCCCCCCCUCCGUGCUGCAGGUUGAAUCAAGCUGCUCGUUCUGGAAUCUCCCCAGAUCCUGCUUUGUGUUUUCUCACUUCAUGGGCCACCGGCUGUCCCCUCCUCCCUUCUCUCCGCGCAGCAGCCCGGAAAGCCGCUGCUCCCCCCAUGCUCAGACGCCUCCUGCGCAGGGACAGGCCGGUUCCACGUGGCCACAGGUUCUCGAUGCCCUGGAGCCGCCCGCCUCUCAGGCCGACACCGCUGCAAGCCGCCCCCGGCCCCCUCCCUCGGGGAAGACAGCGCGGUGGGGACAACCCGCGGCCACCCAGCCCUGGGCCGGGGCGCCAGCGGCGCCAUCCGAUCCCAGGCCCAGCCCCAGGAGCCACAGACCAGAGUGGGUCUUUAAGGACUGCGCGGAAUUGGCUCCCUCGGGGGCCGCAGGGGAGCGGCUCCUAAACACGCUGCACACACGGGGCCCUGCCCCCUCCUCACCUAGAGCUAGAAGUACUUGGAGCCUCGCUUUUGUCCAGGAAGCUCGCCACAUCGAAGGCAUCUUCAAAGAGUAUCUGAAGGAAGGCACAGAGCACGGUGUGUCAGAAAGAACUACAGCUGGGCGCUUGCUCUGGGCGGCUGGCGGCGGGGAGGCUCCCUCCUCACCCCUCAGUCCCAAAGGGUGGGUGUGGGAAGGCUGGGGCCCAAAUGCAGGGUCGCGGCCUGGUGAGCUUCCUGGGAGGUGCCUGUAAGCGCUUGCCACCCAGAGCGGGGUGGGGGGGGCAGUAAGCACCAAAGACUGUGGUUGUCCGUCUUUCUCUUUUUUUCUUUCUUUCUUUAGAGAGAGAGGGGGCGAUGAGCAGGGCAGGGGUGGGGAGGGACAGAGGGAGAGGAGAGAGCAUCCCACGCAGCCUCCAGCCUCCGUGCCCAGCACACAGCCCGACACAGCGCUCAGUCUCGCGACCCUGAGAUCACUACCCCAGCCGCAACCAAGUCAAACACCUAAGCGACUGAAGCACCCAGGCACCCCUGGGUCUUCUUCUAGAAGGUGAGAGCUCAGGCACGAGAUGCAGCAGCCAGAGCCAGGCUUCCAUUUACGCUGGAAGAGGACUCAUCUACACCUCCCCAGGCGCGGAGGCUCUUGGCACCCAGGGUUCGCGUCAGGACGGCGGGGUAGGAGGUUGGCGGUUCUGGGGCUGAGGCUGCAGGGGAGCCAGCUCCCGGUCGUGCUGCUCACGAAGCCGUGUGACCUCAGACAAGCGGCCUCAUUUCUCCAGGCCUCCUCUUACACAAAGGGAAUCACGACCGGGCCUACCUAUAGGGAUGUUGCAGGAAUUAAAUGAGAUGAGGUACGUGAAGUACCCAGCACAUAGUAACGCCUCCAGUAUGUUAGCUCUUAUUGAAUAUUACCUGCUUUAUAGAAGAAACACAUGUUCAUUGCAGAAAUUUUGGAAAACAGAAACAGAUAAAAUAAUAAAAAUCACUGAGAAACGGUUUUA